AAGCAAACCCAUCUCUACUCCUAAAAUAUUUGUCCCUACCAUUCAUUGCAUAUAUCAAAUACCAUGUCUAUUCUCUUUGUGCAUGCAUAAACAUAUAAAUACAAUCCCGUUUGUUCUGCCAGUACUGAGAAGGGGGCAUUGGAUCUUUUUCCUUUUUGAUUUUGGGAUGGACAAGUUGUAUGUGUUUCUUUUCUCUGUCCUGUUUUCUGCUUCUCUUUCUCAUGGAGCCAUAGGGAGGGUUAGGAGCAGCAGAGAUGGAUUAGAAGAUUGGGGAUAUGUUCAAGUCAGACCCAAAGCACAUAUGUUUUGGUUGCUGUACAGGAGUCCUUAUAGAGUUGAGAAUCCUUCCAAGCCAUGGCCAAUCAUUCUUUGGCUUCAAGGUGGACCUGGUUCUUCGGGAGUUGGGAUUGGAAAUUUUGAGGAAAUUGGGCCAUUGGACACCAACUUAAACCCGAGAAAUUCAACGUGGUUGAAGAAAGCUGAUCUUUUGUUUGUGGACAAUCCAGUGGGAACAGGAUACAGUUUUGUGGAGAAAACAAACUUGUUUGUGAAGACUGAUGAGGAGGCAGCAACAGAUUUAACUACAAUGCUAAUGACACUGUUUAAUAAAAAUGAGGAGCUCCAGAAGAGCCCUCUCUACAUUGUAGCAGAGUCUUAUGGAGGAAAAUUUGCUGUCACUCUCGGAUUAUCCGCUAUAAAAGCCAUUGAAGCUGGCAAAUUGAAGCUCAAACUUGGAGGAGUUGCCUUGGGAGAUAGUUGGAUCUCUCCAGAGGACUUUGUUUUUUCUUGGGGAUCUUUGCUCAAGGAUGUAUCACGGCUUGAUAACAAUGGAUUACAGCAAUCAAACAGUCUUGCUGAGGAGAUCAAACAGCAACUUAGAGAUGGGAAAUAUGUUAAUGCAACAUCUACAUGGACUGAACUUGAGGAUGCAAUUUUCACAAGCAGCAAUUAUGUGGACUUGUACAAUUUUCUUCUAGAUUUAGAUAUGGAUCCGGUGUCCAUGGCAGCAUCAGAAAUAUCAGACGAAAUUGCAUUGAGUAAAUACUCAAGAUAUCUGAAGAAAUAUUCAAGAUAUUUAAGCUCCUUGAGGUCUGCUCCAGGUGGGAAUGGUAGUGAUCUUGAUAGUUUAAUGAAUGGUGUCAUUAGGAAGAAGCUAAAGAUCCCAUCCAACAUUUCAUGGGGUGGGCAGUCAGAUUAUGUUUUUUCAAAUUUGGCUGGUGAUUUCAUGAAACCAAGGAUUAAUGAGAAAGAUAAAUUCCAAAUUAAUGAUAUCAAUUUUAUGUUUUUGGUUGAUGUGUUGAAUUGCAUUUCUCUAUUCAGGUGGGAAGGAUUGCAAAAAUAUAAGAGUAGGGAGAGAACUCCUCUCUAUUGUGGGAAUGACAAAGUUACAAAAGGGUUCACCAAGUCAUACAAGAAUUUUCACUUUUAUUGGAUUCUUGGAGCUGGACAUUUUGUGCCGGUGGAUCAGCCUUGUGUUGCAUUAAACAUGGUGGGUGCCGUGACACAUUCACCGGCUGCUUAGAAUGAGAUUUAUUAAAGUGUAAUUUACAAAGGUCGAACGAGAAACAGACGAUCACGUUCUGCAGCCAAGCUUGGUUAACGAAGGGCACUGUCGCAAUUUAUUACAACAACCGCUAAGAGAAGUCGUCCUUUUUUUUUCUUUUUUUUUUAACAAGGCUGAAUAAUUUGUUUCUCAGUGAUAUUUUCACUAUUUUUCAGAAAGGAAGUUAUAAAAAAUAAAAUUAGUU